AUGCCAAACACCUGUUCACCUCCGAAGGCUCAGCCUGUGCAGUACAAGGCCCCGCUUGGAACCCGCUGGGAAAAGGAGAAGGCAAACAUUCCUCGGACUGCCUUCGAUCUCCCAACAGACCCUCAUCAGAUUGGUCCCUGGAUUCUCGGAGAAUGCGUUGGGAAAGGGGCAAGUGGUCGCGUCAAAGUUGCCCGCCAUUGUGAGUCUGGUCAGAUGGCUGCAGUCAAGAUUCUGCCACUUGAGAAUAUGCUUUCCUCUCGCCACUCUCUCAACACUCGUGCAACCAAGGCAGAGAAGCACCGUAAUGGAAUAGACAAAGAAAUCAUCAUGAUGAAGCUCAUGGACCAUCCAAACGUCGUUCGCAUCUUUGAUGUCUUCGAGGGAGAGCGGGAUCUCUUCCUUGUUCUGGAAUAUGUCAACGGUGGAGAGCUCUUUGACUAUCUCGUAAACCAUGGCCGAAUGGAACCUCACAAGGCACUGUGCUACUUCAAGCAGAUUAUCUACGGACUUGCUUAUUCUCAUGCCUUUUCUGUCAUUCAUCGCGACCUCAAGCCGGAGAACAUUCUCAUAGCAAAUCUCAACCCUCCUCAUAUUAAGAUAGCAGAUUGGGGAAUGGCAGCCUUCGCUCCACCUGAACACCGUCUAGAAACAAGCUGCGGAAGCCCCCACUAUGCUAGUCCUGAAAUUGUGCGAGGAGAGCGCUAUCUUGGUACUGCCACUGAUAUCUGGAGCUGCGGCGUAAUUCUGUUCGCUCUGAUGACUGGUCGCCUUCCGUUUGAUGACAAAAGUAUUCGAGCUCUUCUUUUAAAGGUUAAGAGUGGAAAAUUCGAAAUACCUAGUUACGUCUUCCCUGAAGCAGCCGAUUUGAUUCGUCGUAUGCUCGUCGUUGAUGUUGAAAAGCGUAUUACUAUGCCCGACAUCCUUAGUCAUCCAUUCUUAAGUCACUCAACCUCUGGGAUUAUCUGCGUGUCACCGCCUUCUAUCUCUGAGUUGGACAGGCCUUUA